AUAUUUAGAAUGGGUAUAUCUCAGGGUAUAUAGCAUGUCAAAAUAUGAAGUUAACUAAUUAACUAUAAUUUUCUGUGCUUAUGUACUUAACUCAUCCUAAAAGAGAAUUAAAGAAUAGAGUCUUAUAACUUUUUAUUCGUAUAUUUACCUAUAGUGUUAGUUUCAUAUGUCUAUGUUUUGCCGCGUAUUUCAUUUUGACAAAUUCAGCCGUUCUUUCUGUUCAUAGUGAGAAAAGUCUAAGAAAUAAUGAUACCGGGACGUAGGAAGGCCGAAAUUUGGAAAUAUUUUCAGAAAUGUGAUUCUAAGAAUAAGAUCGCCGCUUGCAAUUUUUGCAAAAAGGCUUUAUCUUAUAAAACCACUUCAACCAACUUGCGAAUUCAUUUAAAGUUAAAACAUAUUUUGGAGUAUAAUAAAUUAAUGAGUACUUCGUCGCCGGUGAGUUAGCAUGAUUUAUAAUACUGCUGUUUACUCCAAGACUUGUAAAGAAACUGCCAGUUUCUCGAGCAAUUCAGAUGAAGAAACAUUAGCAGCAGAAGAUUCACCUCAAUUACAAGAAAGUGAAGAAGGAACAUCUGAUGAAGUGAAACAAAUACACAACAAGAUCACACAAAUCCAAAACAAAAGUUUGCGGGAGUUUGUGGCCGCCAACAAUAUCAACAUGAAAAAGAAACAAUUGAAAAUGAUGGAGGUGGAACAUAAAUUACAUGUUAAAAUAGCGAGACUAAAAAUUAGGAAACUUCAAUUAGAAAUUGAGUUAUUAAGUAAUGGGAAAACUGAUACGACGAAACCCUAACAACUUACUCAACUUCCCCAUCGACAAAAACCGCUAGCUCACAUUCCCUUGAUCUGUACAUACAAACAUACAUAGCAUCACGUGUUUUUACCUUUCAGGAGUAUGUAUAUGUAUGUAUAUUAUAUUUCGCACAUAUUAAAAAGCACAAUUAAAAAUAAGAAACUCGUGCGCAAUCAACUGAUUAAGUUUAAGGUUUGAUUUUCCAAUUUACCUUUUAUACAUUUUAUUAAAAUAAAACGAUAUUCAUUUGAUCAUAUUAUAGAAUAUAGAAUGAGUAUUAUACCUAGCAGAAUGUGCAAGUUUUUCAUAAAAUUACUUUUAGUUCUCUAUUCAGGUAUAAUAGAUAUUACUGUGUGCAAUAUUAUCUUGCCUGAUAUCGGUAAUUUUCCAAAAAUAUAAACAAUUCAAUGAGCCACUCCGCGUGACGCAUCUCUCGCGCCUGUUUUCUCGCUCACUCGUCCACUCAAACAGGCCGCGUUAGCAUUAGCAUUUAGUACGGAAUUUAUAAUUAUUCCUGCGGGCGCUAAGGAGAGCGCGCUAACGAAUUAAUUAGCACUUCACGAAAUUUAGCAACUAUAUUUGAUUUGUAAAAUGCUAAACGUGGUUUAGCAUGCUAACAAUUAGUGCUAAUGCUAAUUAAUCCAACACUAGUGCGUACAUAUAUAAAAAAUAAUGUUUGUGUUUAAUAUUUUAUACGCUAUCAUACCUGUUAAAAACAGCUAUAGCCUAGUUGAGCGUGGAACAGACUGCCGCGACUAAUGUCCCUAGGUUCAAAUCCAAGGGCACACAUCUCUGACUUUUCUAAAAGUUAUAUGUAUUUUAUAAAUAUGGGCGGUCCCCUAUUGGACAAAAUCAAGCAUAGGUCGGUGCCUAUGCUUGAUUUUGUCCAUUAUUCUAUAUGUAAUGGUUAACAAUAAGAAAAAUAAGCACACCUGCGAAAACUGCAUAGAAAUUGGUUAAAAAAUGAGCGAUUAAUUCAUGAUUAAAAUAUUGUAAUGUGCAGAAGUGAGCGCAAUGUGGGGAUAUCGCUUCAUCUCUUUCUUUCGCACGCGUCCUAAUCCCCGAUGACGCCACACGUGGCUAUUUCGUCUCUUUUCUGUUUCUUGUUAAUUACCCCUUCCACCGAAAUUCAAAGACUUAUAACUGGUUAAUUUUUUACAGGAUUUUAAUAAUUCCUCUGUGUUAUAAUUUAUAUUAGGUAAAUAUUUGAUAAUAGUAAAGAACAAAAAUGAGUCCGGUACCCUAUUAUUGCCUGCUUUAACGGUGAAGGAAAAACUCGUGAGAAUACCUGCAUGAGAAGUUCUCUAUGGAAAUUUUUAAGGGUGUGUGAUGUCUACCGAUCCGCACUAGGCCAGCGUAUCGGACUAAGACCUUAUCUUUGUGUCCAACAGUAGAAGUAUAUACAAUACAGGUCUGAUAGUAUUAUUAUGUAUUAUCACUGUUCAUCCGAUUGAAAUUUAAACUUUGUAAACUUUUUGUUUUAAAAGCGACGAUAGCCUAGUUGGAUAUCGAACGGUCUGCCGAGACGAAUGUCCGCAGGUUCAAAUCCCAAGAGCACACACCUCUGACUUUUCUAAAAAAAUCAUGUGUGUAUUCUUUGUGAUUUUAUCGUUCGUUUUAACGGUGAAGGAAAACAUCGUGAGAAAACCUGCACAUCUGAGAAGUUCCUCUGUAGGAAUUUCGAAGGUGUGUGAAGUCUACCAAUCCGCACUAGGCCAGCGUGGUGGACUAAGGCCUAAUCCCUCUCAGUAGUAGAGGAGGCCCGUGCUCAGCAGUGGGCAAGUAUAUAAUACAGGGCUGAUAUUAUUAAACUUUUUGCUCACACUUUCGGCAAGGUUUUUGGUUGAAAGAUGGGAUAGCUUUGGCCUCGAUAGGUGGCGUUGUUGUCGAGAUCUAAAAUAAAACUACUUUACACGGGUAACGUGAUAAAUUUGAUAAUUUUUAAUUCCAAGAUUUCGAAAACUGCAGUCUUCAUGUUCUUUAUAGGAUAAAUAAAUUUGUCGAGAAAAAGCCGCAAAGUAGCUUUAUUUCAAUCAAAACAUUCGCGUAAUUAUAACAGAUCUAAAAGGCAGAAAUAUAGUCCAAUUUAAAUGUGAUCUACUUGAAAGGUUUGUGGCAGGGCAAAGCAUGCCAGGCCUAUUAGUUUUUUUUAGAUUUGUGUAAAAUAUGCAUAAAAAGGAGAGGUCUAAGAUGAUCAACUAUACUGUUAAAUGUCUCUGGUAUAAGGGGACAUAUUUGUAAUUUAUUCUACAAUGUUGCUUUUAUUCGUAUCUGCGUAAAAGUUCCAUGGAAGUUGCUUUAAAAAGCAAGAACAUAAAAUAUUUGUAUUCACUAAAAAGCCUUUGAUCUCCCCACUCCAUGGUUCGCUCCACCGACCGGAAGACGCUAAAGGACAAACAUUUUUUUGUUUUUGUGUUGUGGUUUAUUUGGAAUUAAUUUCACUUUUUUUUUAUGUUACUGCUUUCUCCAUUAUGUGUCUUCUAUAUAAUUCAUCACUUAUCUCACCUGCUCACUUACUCCAAACACGCCAUAUCCGUUCCAAGUUGUUGUAGGGAAUAGGCUACUCAUGCGUUAGGGCUGCCAUUUCUUGGAAGUAUCACAUGUGAAAGUAUAUUAUGAUGAUCUUCUAACGCUUGAAUAGAUCUUCAUAAAUUAUAGCUAAGAACCAUCUCGAUUACCACAUCAGUUUUCAAACAAACAAACGGCAUCAAAAUCGCCGCAUUCGUUUGCGAUCUACGAUGCCACAGUCAGACACACCUCUUAUAACAUUCCUCUCUAUGAGUUGGUGGAUAUUCAGAAAUAAUACAGUUUCCUAUACAUAAUUUCACGCUUCGCUCCAUAUCCGUGGAGAAAAUUAUAAAAAUAAGUCAUAUUGUACAUAGAGUUAUGCAUCUAUAUAGUUUAUAAUUAAUAAAUAUAAACUCAUAACAACUCAAUGUCCGUGAAUUUCAAUAACAACCUUGGGGAAAUCGUGUUUUCGGAGAGAUCAUUAUUUGAUCAAAGUAUAAGACAGUUGUCUAAUUUAUUAUAAGUGUUUAAUAAAAUAUUUUCUCUAA